ACAGUCACACCGACCCGGAUUGCAUCCCUCUAUAAAUUGACAGCAAAUUUUGCUUGCCUGUGUGAAAAAAAAAAAGAAUACAUUUUCGUGGAAGUUUUUUGUGUUUGCAAACUCGCGUGCAUGUCUCAAUGGAGUGAUAAAAAAUGCAGUGACAAAAUUUUCAAUAUGGUAUAAUCGGGUAGCACACAAAGUGGUGGGCAAUCGUUGUUCUACUUCUCUAAAUAACACACGCAUACACAGACACGCCGCCGAGUGUCAACAGCUGCCCUGGCCCUGGCCGCCCGCCUUCAAAAUGUCGGACAUUAACGAUGAUUUGCUUAACUACGAGCUGGGCGACGACAUCGAUGAUCAGGCCCUGCUCGGCGCCGAUGAGGAUGAGCUGCUCCUUUCGGAUGAAGAGCUGGAAAAAGAUGUCACCAGCGAGGUGAAGCAACAAAUGCGCGCCGAGGCCGAGGAAUGGGCCCAGGAGCAACUGCGUCAGCAUGAGCGCAAACAAAAAGCACAGUCCGCCGCUUUAGUUGAGGCAGCAACAUCAGAACCAGUUGCGGCUACAGCAGCAGCAGCAGCAUCUAGUUCGGAAAUUGCACCCUCCACUGUGGCAGCCACAUCGACUAAAAGUCCAACUACCGCGGUGGCAUCUACCCCAAGCGUCCAGACAGACGCCACAGUGGUCGCGGUGGUGACGGCAGUCUCUCCCCCGCCAGCAGUGGCUGUGGAGAGAGCAACAGAAGCGACGGCCACAAUGAAAAGCGCAGAACAAGUGCAGCCACAGUCGAAGAAGGAAGCCACGCCACCGACUCAGCCAAGUGGCAGUGGCAAAGCCAGUGCCAAGGCCAGCACAAGCACCACUAGCAUCAGCACCAAAGAGACAUCAUCCAGAGAUGCUGGGGAUUCCACAGCCAAGCAGAGCGAGGCUGACAGUGAGAGUGAGCCCGGACUGGGACUGGGACCCUCAUUGCUGGCCUCAUCCCAGGAGAGCCUGCCCAGUGGCAGCUCGGCCUCCGAGCUGGCCGAUCUGCGUGAGGACGAGGAGGAGCGCGAGGAGCGCACCAACUACAAGACUGGCAGCGAGCGGGUCGAAAGCAGCCACAGGCAGCAUCAGGAGCACUCCCACUCGAUGUCGCCAUUUCAGCAGCAUCAGCAAAUUCAGCGGCGACACCAAAACCAUUCAGACAAGUCACGAGUGGGAGGCGGUGGACGAUUCAUGCACGGCCAGCAGCAGCAGCAACAACAGCAGCAGCAGAAUCAAAUGGGCAAACCGCUGCGUGGAAUGGGCGGUGCGCGUCAUCACCUGCUGCGCAAUCCCACGCCCAUGUUCGGGACAAUGCAACAGCAGCAGCAGCAGCAGCGCAUGGGUAUGUCUGGGAUGCCGCCACCACAGCAACGAUAUGGCAUGCCAGGUCAAUAUCCGCCUAACCAGCCACCCAACCAGUCACAACAAGCACCGAACCAACAACAGCAACAACAACAACAACAUAAUGCUCCUGCCUCGCCCCUGCUGAAUCCCUCGCACAUGAUGCACCACAAUCACAAUCCGAAUGGAGGGAUACCACCGCAUCUGCUGCCGCAUCCGCAUGAGCAAGUGCGCGUCGGUCUAUUGCAGCCACCGAUGGCGUAUGCCCCCCAACCAGGCGGCUAUCGGAAUGGGGCGCUGCUGGGACCGGGUCCGCCACUCCUGCAGCCAACUGGAAUGCGUCCGCCACUGUAUCGCAAUGCUGGCCCGCCGCCAUCUGGCUAUGGCGGCUAUGGCGAUCACGGCCAUCCGCCGCCAGUGCAUCCGCCACAGUUCAUGAGGCCGCACAAUGGCUGGAGGCCGCAGGGGGACGGCGCACGCAUGCCGCGUCCACCCCUGCAGGCACUGCCGCCACACAUGAUGCCAGGAGCGCCGCCCAACUAUCCCAAUGGGAUGGUGGGAAUGCGCGGCCCGCCACCACAGCAACAGCAGCAGGUCCAGCAGCAGCCGCCACCGCCUCAGCCGGUGCGUGCACCACAGCAGCAACAACAGCAGCAGCCGCCUAAUCCUACUCAACAGCAGCAGCAGCAGCCACAACCGAACGGUCCACCGCCCCAACAGGGUGGUGGUCCAGCGGCUAUACCGCGGGUCAGCAAGGUGCUCAUCAAUCCGAAUUUCAAGGGCGGCGUUGAGGCAGCCACAAACAAGUUCAUCAAGGAGACACACUUCAUGCCGGCCAUCAACAGUGACGAGGAGCUGCUGCGCCAGCAGGAGGAGUUCAUCAAUAAGAAUCGUCAGUACUUUGAGAAGCGGCGCAUGGAGCGCUCGCCGCCACCGGCUGGCUCCAGCUCGAGCUCUGGGGCAGCCUCUUCGUCGGUUCAGGCUGGGGAGAGGCGACGCAGUCGUAGCCGCAGCCGUUCCCGUGGUCGCAGCUAUUCGCCCGCCAAGCGUGCCGAAAGGGAUCGCGAAAGGGAGCGGGAACGGGAGCGCGAGCGAGAGCGUGACCGGGAACGAGAGCGCGAACGCGAACAGCGGUAUGGAACGACGAAUCGGCCAGUCGCAAAUCGUGGAUUCCGACGUGUUGCUAGCCGUGAUCGAGAUGAGAAUCGCAGUGGAGCAGGCGGCGCACCAGUAAGUGCCCCAGUACCCAGUGCCGGUGGAGGGGGCGGCGGAGGCGGAUGUCCUGUUGUGCCCAGCAAGAGACGUCGCAGCGGCUCAAACGGCGCUGUGAUUCGCAACCCCUUCUCGGGUGAGCCACGCGGACGACCCUCGGACGUUGGCGGUGGUCGCACCGCUGCCAGUGGAAAGGCCAGCGACGAGGAUGAGGAGACUCGCAUCUAUCGCCUGGAGAUUGAGAAGCAGAAGCAGCUGCGCGAAAAGAUACUGCGCGACAAGGAGCUGAAGCGUAGGCGCGCGGCCGAGGAGAAGCUACAUGAGGAGAAGCGCGCCGAACAGCACAUUUCGCCAGGCCGUAACGAGAAGGAGGCAGCUAGUGCGGGACUAAGCACACCACAAAAGCAACGUCCGGCAGCCAGCAGCCACGAGCGCAAGGUAAUCUCGCUGAAGCGUCGCGAAGACCAGGACCAGGCAGGGGGCAAUGGCAAUGGCAGUGGCAACGGCAACGGCGGGCGCAGCAGCAGACAGCAGCAAACGUCAUCGAUGGCGCCCGCUCGUAAGCAACUGACGGCGGCCAAGAUAGCGCCGGAGGCUAAACGAAGUAUAACCGAGCAUCUGGCGCCCACCCCUAAGCCGCAGCACGGAUCAGCUGCGGCCGCCGCCCUAGCAAGAUCGAGUGGAGGCGCAGCCAGCACUGGGGGUGCAACUCCACCCACUACGUGCAAGCCCCGCGAUACGCUGCGUCUGGGCACGCCCAGCGACGAUGAGGUUGAGCUUGACUACGAUGAUGAUGAACUGAUGCUGGACGAGGAGGAUCGCCUAUUGGCCACACCCUCGCCACCACCACCCCAGCAUCAGAGCCAGAGUCAGCAUCAACAUCAGCAUCAGCAUCAGCAGAGGGCAAACAGCAAGCGCUCGGCCACGCCCGAUAUGUUGGUAGUGAAGCGCACUCAGAAAGCCGCUCGUGGGACCAACUCGUCGUCAACGGGCAGCUUUGGCUCCUCAAAUAGGCGGGUGGUGUUGAAGCCCACCAGCAAUGGGAGCGGAGGAGAUCAGCAGCAGCAGCAGUCCUCUCAUGGCAGGCAGCGGGAUAGGCGACAGCGUGGGGAUGACCAUUUACUGCAGAGGAAAGGGAGUAACGCGGGAGGCAGCAGCUCAGGAGGCGGCGGAGGUAUCUUUGAGCGACUGGAGAAGCGGAAGGCAGCAGCAUCCUCUGGAGGAAGCGGCAGUGGGGGCGGUCACAAGCAGCGUGGCCGAGGGCCGGCCCGCAUUGUACUCAAGCAUGAUUGAGGAAUGGAGAUGGAGAAG